AUGGGAGACCAAAUUGCAAAGGGAAAAUUGGCUCUAUUUCUUUACAAGAUAAAGCCUUACUUAGCUAUGAUCUCUUUGCAAUUUGGGUAUGCAGGCAUGUACAUUAUCAGCAUGGUUGGUUUGAAGCGUGGCAUGAGCCACUUUGUCCUUGCUGUGUACAGGCAUUUGAUUGCUGUGGUUGUGAUUGCCCCAUUCGCACUUGUUCUUGAAAGGAAAAUAAGGCCAAAACUGACCCUACCGAUCUUCCUAAGAAUAAUGGUGCUUGGUUUUCUCGAGCCAGUGUUUGCUCAGAAUUUAUACUUUGUGGGAAUGACAUACACCUCAGCAACAUUUGCAUCUGCCACUGCUAAUAUUCUCCCCGCCAUAACCUUCAUUUUUGCACUUCUUUUCAGGUUAGAAAAAAUCAAUUUCAAGAAGAUCCCGAGUGUAGCAAAGGUGAUCGGAACUGUAAUCACGGUCAUGGGAGCAAUGGUGAUGACAUGGUACAAAGGUCCUAUUGUCGAAAUCAUAAGGGGACAAACACAAGGCCACCACAACACCACCGCUUUAUCUACCGAACAACAUUGGAUCACCGGCACUUUCAUGCUCCUAGCCCGUUGCUGUGGUUGGUCUGGUUUCUUCAUCCUACAAUCGUUUACGCUAAAGCUAUACCCAGCAGAGCUCUCUCUCACUGCUUUGAUAUGCUUAAUGGGUGCAUUGGAAGGUGCCGUAGCCACGUUCAUACUUGAACACAACAUGAGUGUUUGGGUUAUAGGCUGGGACUCCAGGCUAAUUGCUGCUGGUUACUCUGGGGUGGUUUGCUCUGGAAUUGCAUAUUACGUGCAAGGUAUUGUGAUGAAGGAACAAGGUCCAGUUUUCGUGACGGCUUUUAGCCCGUUGGCCAUGAUCAUCACCGCCGCCCUAGCCGCCAUCAUUUUAGCCGAGCAAAUCCACCUUGGAAGUAUACUUGGAACUAUUCUCAUAGUCAUUGGCCUCUAUGCUGUUGUUUGGGGGAAAAGCAAAGAUCCCACAGCCUCCUCACUGUUGAUCGAAGAUGAGAAAGUUGUUGCUCUUGAACUACCAGUCACUGUUGAUAACAAAACUGAUGGUACUGGACCUCCAGGGGACUUCAUCAAGGUUCCAAUUAAAGCACAAGAAUCAUGCUAA